ACAGAAUCAAUCGGUGGUUGUCUGUCAUUUGAAUUUUCAAACCGCGCUUUUGGACAAAGUUGGAAAUAAUUUUGGGAAGACAGGAACAUGCAAGCUUUUCUUAAAACUGGUAAAAUCUCCGCAUCGGACAAACCUUCGUCUUCUGGUGUAAAAACUUCUGGAAAGAAGAAGCCUCCUGCGCCAUGGGUUGAGAAAUACCGGCCGAAGACGAUAGAUGAUAUUGUAGAUCAGGGAGAAGUGGUUCAAGUGCUGCGGGAGUGUUUGUCUGGCGGAGAUUUUCCUCACUUGUUGUUCUACGGUCCGCCGGGUACCGGCAAGACGAGUGCGAUCUUAGCUGCGGCGAGACAACUGUUCGGCGAUAUCACUCGGGAUCGCGUGUUGGAGCUGAACGCUUCAGACGAGCGCGGCAUUCAAGUGAUCAGGGACAAAGUGAAGUCCUUUGCUCAGCUCACUGUCAGCAGUACAAGACCUGAUGGGCGUCCAUGUCCACCCUACAAGCUGGUGAUCCUGGACGAGGCAGACUCCAUGACAAAUGCUGCCCAAGCAGCUCUCAGGAGGACCAUGGAGCGGGAGACAAGGACCACUCGCUUCUGUCUCAUCUGCAACUACGUGUCAAGGAUUAUACCUCCCAUUACUAGCAGAUGUUCCAAGUUCAGGUUCAAGCCUCUAGCCAGGGAGAAUGUUAUAAAAAGACUACGUGAGAUAUGUGAAGCGGAAGGCGUAGACGUGGGCACCGGUGAAGUCCUGCACCAGGCUGUGGACACCUGCGAGGGUGAUCUGCGCCGCGCGCUCACCGCCAUGCAGUGCUGUCAGAGGCUGCUCGGCAAGAUUACUGCUGAAGGACUUGUUGAGGUAACUGGACUUGUUCCUGAGAAGCUGGUCGACCAAUACCUGAGCAUCAAGAACUACAGUGAGCUGGAGCAAUUUGUUGAAAGUUUUCUAAUGGAGGCGUACUCAGCCUCCCAGCUUCUAGAACAGCUAAGCGCCACCGUAGUGACAGCCGGCCAUCUUACCAAUAAACAGAAGUGUGAGAUCAGCGACAAGCUCGCCGUCUGCGCACAUCGCCUGUUAGACGGAGGGGCUGAGCUCAUGCAGCUCACAGACUUAGGCUGUACCAUCAUCAUGGCCAAUAAUAACCCUUAGAACAAGAAGAGGUCUGUUAUAUAUAAGUUUUGUAUGUAGUUUGAGUGAUAUGAUAUUUAGGGUAGAGUUAAGGAAAUUCUGAACUAUGGUUGACAAAAGUAUGAAAAGUGUAAUGUAUUACAAAUUCAAAAUACCAAUAGAUACAUGAAAGCAUGUAAACCUAAAGUGAUGAUCCGAAAUGAGCAACAAUUUACCUAACAUCAACCAAUCAAAAUAAUAAUUGUAAAACCCAAAUACAUACUUUGCUGGUCAAAAUAGGGAAGAUUUUCAGAAAUAAUACUUUCCGUUCCAAACAUGCUAUUAAAAAAUAGCUUUCUCCCAGACAAUUAACGAGUGUAAAUAAAUUUUGGCUCACCUA